CCCGGGGUGAAGGUCAGGGCUAAUCCCCACCCAGAGGAGGCGGCAGGCAGGAGCCCCCCAGGUUCUGGCCGGCUGCGUGCCCACCGCGGCGGCGCUGGGGGGGGUAAGAGGAUAAGCCCCCCCCUGCCCGGCGGGGCGGGCCGGCGGUGGCCGGGGGACCGAGGCGAGUGGCCGCGGUCCCUGUGACGUGGGGCCGGCGCCGUAAUCCUGGCGCGCUGAGCGGAUUAGGGCGGCCGAGGACGGCCUUCGGGGACGAGCUGCGGUGGCCGCAAAUCCUCGGCCGGCCAUCACGUGGGGAAGCCCCCGCGGGCACCGGGGCGCCGUCCCCCCCAUAGCGGGCAUGGGGCAGCUGUGCCCGUGUCUGGGCCCCCCCCAGUGCCACCCGGGUGUCCCCUCUUGUCCUCCGGCAGGGAGCCGGUCAUGGGUGGGGACGGGGGGUCGGACCCCGCUGGGGGUGGGUGCUCGGGGUCUGCUGGCCCCGGUGUCCCCGGCGGUACGGGCCGCCUGUGGGGCUGGGUCCCCCCUGGCCCAGGUUGCCGCAGGGUCGGGGCACAGCUGAAGGAUUUGGGGUUUGGGGGGGCUGCUCCCCAAAUCACCCAAAGCCAGGGUGCCGAGGCGGUGCCCCACGGCAGAGCCAGCUGUGCCGGCAUGUGGGGGCCCGGGCUGCGGCACAGCCUGGGGAUGUGGGGCUGGACCCCGCUUAGGGGGGCACGGCGAUGGGGUUUUUGGGGGGGAUCCUGGCUUGCGCGGGAAAGCCGUUGGGAGGGCGGUGGCGGGAUCGCGGCCAUGCGGCACGGCGGGUGCGGGGAGGAGCUGGCGGGAACCGGCCUGACCGGUUCGAUGCCGGCACCCCCAGUGCCGGGGGGCUCGGGCAGCCCCGCCGCCGGCACGUGGCCCCGGCUGAAGGUCACCGUCCCCAGGGCCACCCGCCCGCCGGGGCGAGCGAGCUCGGUGCCCUGCCGCAAACCGUCCCUCUGCCAAAAAGCACGGUGGUGAGCGAGCCCUUGCCGCUCUGGCACGCUUUGCCGCCGGCGGCCGGUUUUCGGGUGCCCCAACCGGGUCGGUGGCAGCGAGCGGUUUCGGUGGCACGGGAGGAUCCCGGUGCCGCGGGGGAGCGGUUGGUGGCACCGGUGGUCCGGAUGGGUGAGCCAGCGCUGAGCUCACCGGGAAGGUGUCCCGUGGGUGCGGCGGUGACGCAUGGCCCCGGCGCGGGGUGCCAGCGUGUGGGGGCUCGGCGCGGCGAUGACGCUGGUCCCGCCGGAGCGCCUCCUCCUGCGGGAGCACGGCCCCCGGCUCCUGGGGUGCAUCGCCCUGCUCUGGGACCCACCCUGUGCCCCGCCGGUGCCGGGGGAUGCCGGCAUGCCGGUGCCCGCCUGCCCGCAACGCCCUGCCCUGAGCCCGGUGCCGGAGCCCGGCCGCGCCAUGGAGGAGCCGGCCGGCGGCGGGACCGAGCCGUGGGCCGAGGGGCUGCGCAACAGCAACAACAACGCUUCCCCGGGGGGGUGGCCGGGCACCCGUGGUGGGCACCCCCUGGCACCUUUCGGCGUCCCCGGGGCCGAGCCCAGCUACCUGGGGCGGGUGGUGCUGGAGAUCGUGGAGUCGGAGCGCACUUACGCCCGCGACCUGCGCAGCAUCGUGGAGGGUUACCUGGGCAAGAUCAUCGACACGGAGGAGCCGGUGCUGCGGCCGGAGCAGGUCAGCGCGCUCUUCGGCAACAUCGAGGACAUCUACGAGCUUAGCAGCACCCUGCUGCAAAACCUGGAGAGCUGCGCCAGCGACCCCGUGGCCGUGGCCGUCUGCUUCGUCACCCGGAGCCAGGAGUUUGCCAUCUACACCCAGUACUGCAACAACUACCCCAGCUCGGUGGCGGCGCUGGCCGAGUGCAUGAGGAGCAAGCCGCAGGCUCGGUUCCUCCGCGAGUGCCAGGAGCGGCUGCGGCACGCGCUGCCCCUCGGCGCCUACCUGCUCAAGCCCGUCCAGAGGAUCCUCAAGUACCACCUGCUGCUCCAGGAGAUCGCCAAGCACUUUGAGCACAAGUCAGGGGACGACUACGAAGUGGUGCUGGAAGCCAUCGACACCAUGACCUGCGUCGCUUGGUACAUCAACGACAUGAAGCGCAAGCACGAGCACGCCAUCCGCCAGCAGGAGAUCCAGUCGCUGCUGCUGGGUUGGAAGGGGCCGGACCUGACCAGCUACGGGGAGCUGGUGCUGGAGGGCACCUUCCGAGUGCAGCGGGUGCGCCACGAGCGCGCCGUCUUCCUCUUCGACAAGACCCUCCUCAUCACCAAGCGCCGCGGUGACCACUACGUCUACAAGAGCCACAUCCCGUGCUCCUCGCUGAUGCUCAUCGAGAGCACGCGGGACUCGCUCUGCUUCAGCCUGGCUCACUACAAGCACGGCAAGCAGCAGCACAGCCUGCAGGCCAAAAGCGUGGAGGAGAAGCGCGUGUGGACCCACCACAUCAAGCGGCUUAUCCUGGAGAACCACCAUGCCAUCAUCCCCCAGAAGGCUAAGGAAGCCAUCCUGGAGAUGGACUUGUUCUACCCCCCGCGCCUGCCCCGCUGCAGCCCCGAGCGCCUGAAGAAGAGCUGGUCCUGCCAGCCCCUGGGUGACACCGCCGCCGAACCGCGCCAGGGCCGCCGGCAGUCCGAGCCCUUCCAGUGCCGGGACCGCGCGGAGACGCUGCCAGAUCGGCUGCACGGGCACACGGGGCGCAGGCAGUCGGAGCCUGCCAAGCAGAUCCUGCGGCAGCUGGGCGAGCAAGGGCUCAAGCACGCUGGAAGCGACGGGGCUCUCCUGGAGGCAGGGGACCCCCCCCAGCACCCCAGAUCCUGGGCGGCUGCUGAGGGAGUGGUGGAGGAGGAAGAGGAGGAGGAGGAAGAAGAGGAAGAUGUGGAGGAGGCUUUGGGCAAGGACUACCAGGAGGAGCUGCCCGGGGCCAGGGACCUGCCGGUGGAACCCCAGGAGGAGCAGGCUGAGGGGCACCCACCGGCGCCGGAGGGACCCAAGCGGCCGAGCAGCUGGGGGCCGGGGAGCUGCGAGAAGGCCGGCAUCUCCGGGGAGCACCCUGAGGGGCUGGGGGCACCCGAAGCCCCGUCCUCGGCGGGGACCCCGGUACCGGCGCUGCCCGGCGGGGAGGGGGAGCAGGAGCGUGCUGCAGAGGAUUUGCAGGGGCUGAGCAGCGAGGAGGAGGAGGAGGAGGAAGAAGGAGCUGCCGACAGCAUCCUGCCGCCUUCGGUGCUGGACCAGGCCAGCGUCAUCGCCGAACGCUUCGGCGGCGGCGGCAGCUUCUCCCGCCGCAGCAGCCUGGCGCUGGAGGGGCCGGUGGGACGGCCGGCCAGCCGCAGCGGCAGUGCCCUCAGCCUGGACGGCGGCCCCCCGCUCGAGAGCGGGGAGCCCGGGGGGUCCCACAGCACCGAGCCCGAGCCCCUCGCCGGAACCCGCCGGGAGUCGCUGCUUUCCAGCCGGGACCGCCUGCUCCUCGAUAAGAUCAAGAGCUACUACGGUCAGGCCGAACACCGGGACGCCGGCUUCAGCGUCCGCCGCCGCGAGAGCCUCUCCUUCAUCCCCAAGGGGCUGGUGCGAAGCUCCGUCUCCCGCCUCAACGGCCUCCCCCGGCCCCCGGCAAGCCCCGAGCCCCCCAUCCAGCCGGCACCGGGGGAGCCCGAGGCGUCACCGGAGGAGCCGUGCCGGGAGAACGGGCUGCAGCCCCCCGAGCCGCUGCUCAUCGUGGAGGAGGACGACCCGGGCGCCGGGGGUGAGGGGCCGCCGGCCGGGCCGCCGCCGCGGUUGCUGUUGACCCCCCCGCACCCCGGCACCAAGGUGUACCAGCUGGCGCGGCAAUACAGCCUCCGCAUCAAGAGCCGCCGCGCCGGCGCCCGCCGCGCCCCGGUGCAGCCAGAAAAGGGGGACCCACGUGCCGGCACCCCCUCGGCGGCUGUGCCGAAAGACGGGGGGCUGGAGGCGUCCCCCUCCCCGGCUGCCACCCGCAGCCCCUCCAGCCCCAGCAGCGCCGAGCCCUUCGCUUGGCCCGACGUGCGGGAGCUUCGCGCCCGUUUCGGCGCCCCGCGGCCCCCGCCGGUGAGCCGCAGCCGCUCGGCACCCGAGGGGCCGCGCCGGGGUGGUCGGCCGGCCGAAAAGGAGCGGGGCAGCGGCCGGAGCCGGAGCGCCGAGGCGGGCGGGGGGUCCGGCACCCCUGAGCCGGCGCCGGCGCGGCACAGCAGCGACGGGGCGCUGUGGGUGGCGGCGGAGGCCCCCCUGGGCUCCGGGCAGCGGGUGCUGGUGCUGGAGCGGCUGCCGGCCCCCGCCGAGCCCCCCGCCUACGUGCAGAUCCGCUCGCCCACCACCCGGGAGAAGAUCUGCUUGAAGGCGGUGGUGGAGCGCUGCAAAGCCUACCAGGCCUCCGAGGAGUACCGGCGGCGCUGCCCCGAGCCCCCCACACCCCCGAGCCCCCCGAAACCCCCUCGCCACGGCCUCGUCAGGGACCUGCGGCAGAAAUUUCAGACCCUUGACGCCGCCAGCUAGGUGGGCGACGGGGGAGAACGGACGUCCUGCGGACCCUCAGGGGAAGGAGCAUCCCACGGACCUCCAACCUAGCUGGAAGAAGGGGCACCCCGUGGACCCCCCAACUUGUCCAGGAGCAGGGACACCCGAUGGACCCCCAACUUGUCCAGGAGCAGGGACACCCGAUGGACCCCCAGCUUCUCCAGGAGCAGGGACACCCCAUGGACCCCCAGCUCACCUGGGAGAAGGAGCACCCUGUGAGCCUCUAAUCUACCCGGAAAAAGGGGCACCCGGUGGAGGACCAGCCUGCCCAGGAGAAGGGGCACCCCACAGACCCCCCAGGUUGCUUGGCAGAAGGAGCACCCUGGGGACCCUCAACCUGCCCAGGAGCAGGGGCACCCCACAGACCCCCCAGCUCACCCAGGAAGAGCACCCUGUGGACCUCCAACUCACGUGGGAGAAGGGGCACCCCGGGGACCCUCAACCUGCCCAGGAGCAGGGGCACCCCACAGACCCCCCAGCUCACCCAGGAAGAGCACCCUGUGGACCUCCAACUCACGUGGGAGAAGGGGCACCCCGGGGACCCUCAACCUGCCCAGGAGCAGGGCCACCCCGUGUCCCCCGCUCUGGCACCCAGCACUGUGCCCAGCUCGCUUUCACAUCUUUAUUAGAAAAAAAAACAAAAAAAAACCCCAAAAAAAACAAAAACAAAAAAACCCAAAAAACCAAACCGAA